AUUAAGAAUUUGGAGAUGGGGAAAUUAUCCAGGUGGGCCUGACAAAGGCCCUUAUGAGAGGUAGGCAGAUCCGAAGAAACGGCAUCAUACAAGCAAGGGGAGAAAAGCAUAGAAACCUAUGAGAUAUGAGGCCAUGAGCUUAGCAAUGUGGGCAGCCUCUAGAAGGUGGGAAGGCAGGGAAACAGAUUGUCCCUAAAACCUCCAGAAGGAACCAGCCCUUCUGAUACCUUAAUUUUAGUCCCAUAAGACUCACUUUGGACUUCCUACUUCCAGAACUGCAGGAGAACAAAUUUGCCUUGUUUUAAGCCACUAAAUUGUGGUAAUUUGUUACAACAGCAAUAGAAAACUAAUACAGAAAGUAUCUGGGAAAUGAACAGUUGCACUGUGCCCCCUUUUGUUACUAUUUCUAGUUGCUUUAUGAGCAAAGCUUGUCUUACCUAGCAACAGUUGUUAAGCAAGUUAACAAUUUAACUAGGAGUUUAACUAAGAGCCAAGGAGAAGGCAGCUGUGCAAAUCUCCCCAAAUCCAAUGCCCACACCUUACAUGGCAAAGGCUUUCGGUAUCAAUGACCAUUGUUUAUCAAUAGACAUGUUGCCACUACCUAAUCAUGGCAAAUGAUUAAAUCCUUACCAACAUCUAGCAGUCCUAAAACCUUGAACUGCUUCCAGCUUUCUUGAACUUCUAGGUUUUCUUAAAACUGCUUUUUCUGAUCGUAAGAAUAUUUUACCUGUGCAUAGUAAAAGACAUCCUAAAUUUAAUCAUGAUCAGAAAUCCAAAUUACAAAAGCUUUGUUUGCUGUGCUGUUUGCAGUAAAAUAAUUCCACCUGCCCCUUUUGGAGAAACCUUCAAACAGAUUCAUGAAUACAAGCCAUUUAAGACAUGCUUUUACACUCACAGAGAUAUACUGGAUAUCGGGGCAGAUAUUCUGAAUAAAGAAGAGGAAAUUCAAGAGGCUGCACUCAAAGAACGUAUUGCAAAAGCAGAAGCUGGCAUAUGGGCUCAGUUGGAACUGCUGAUGAAUGCCAAAAAACAAGUAGUGGAGAAAGUACUUGAAGAUGCCAAUGACAGACACAGAAUUAAAAUUCAGAUUCUGGAACAGGAACAUCAGAAGGAUUUAAAGGAAGUGGCAGCUAAAACCAAGAUGGAGGUGCAUCAAAACAUGGAAGAAGAAAUGAAGCGAGAAUACCUGGCUGUAGAGCAGCACAUGGUCCACAGAAUCCAGAGGCUCAUGACGAAGUGCCAGAGGGGGAAGCCGGAGGCGGUGGAGAGAGCCAGAGCCGAAGAGAGACGGAGGGCCAGGGAGGCAGCCCGCUACCAGAGAGGACAAGCCGUGGAGAAACUUAUGAAUAGUGGUGUGACAGCUAUUAAAGAUCAGAAUAAGAGUAAACAAUUGAUAAAGGAAAAAGAACAUGAAAUGAACGUCUGCUUUUGCAUGGCUCAGAGACAGAAGCAAAAAGAGGUUCCGGAAAUUCUCCAAGAAGCAGAGAAGACCCAUCAGGCCACACUUGUAUAUGUGAUGGAUAAACUAGUUAACACUCAGGGGGAGCUGCUCUCCAUAGCGAAACAACUAGGGAUUAUGACAAAUUGGAAAGAUUUCCUGGAGGAGGAAUUACAGGAAACGAGGGCAGCAUUUCAAAAAUGCAUCAAUUAUACAUUCCCUAUGCUUUCACCAGGACAUGCAGAUUUUAUUCUGCCAGAAGGAAAGAAAACACCUCCCAAUCUUAUCAUUCAGGAGAACUAAACAACUCUUGAUUGGAAGUCUUCAAAUGAAUUUCACUACAAAAGACACUGCUCCAAAGACUAAAUAAACUCACUCCAAACUAUUUAUUGAUCCCUGGUUCUAUGCUAGGUACUAUAGGGCUAUAAGCAUUUUGAUGGAAAACCAAAAUAUUCAAAAGCACACUCCAGGCUACCGUGAGUUCCAAGUUGAAUCAAGGGGAGGAAAGAGUGAGAGGGAGCAAUACCGAUGAGGAGGGAAAGCUUUCUUAGGAAAAGUCUGAACCGAUUUCUGUAUCUGGCUUUAUUUGCAUCUACAUCAGACAUACAACUGUUUUAGCAUUUGUUGCAGUGAAAGCAAGUAAAGGUACAUAUUUUUGGUGGUUCCUGUUGAGGGGAGCUAUGCUAACUUCCAGCAUAGAAAUUAUUAUUUGGUGAACUGCAAUAGCAUUGUAGGAAAAAAAGCAAUUUCCCUCAAAUUCAAUAGGAUAAAGUUUAAAUUCUGGGAAGCCUAUAUGAACUAAUUCAGAAAGGACUCAUUUAUAUUUGUCAGCUGUGAAAGAAAAAUUUGUCUUCAGAAGUUAGAUUCCCUGCUUCAGGGAUGGGGAGUACGUUUGUGUUUAUAUGCAGGCCUAGGAAUGCUUUGAACUCAUCUCCUUUGGGUUAAAAUGCAAAAAACCUUUAGGUACCACAAUGCUCAGGACCAAUUCAUGUCAACGUCUACUGAAUUAAAAAUUGAAGAAAACGCAAGCCAUAAACAGUUCUCCAAAAAUCUGUCCACUCUAAUAUAAUAUCCUUAAAUUAUUAAUCAUCAACCUGUGUUGUUGGCUUUAAAAUU